AUGUCUGCUGCGCCUUGUGCUCAGGAGCAGCCAAGGGGGUCUGGGGAGAGGCAACCGCUGGUAGCUCGCCCACGGGGUCCCCGACGACGGUGGAGAAGGACAGCGGCUGCUGCGGUGCUGCUGGUGGAGAUGCUGGAACGUGCUGCCUUCUUUGGCAUCACCUCCAACCUUGUGCUCUACCUCAACAGCUUGAACUUCAAUUGGGAGGGCGGGCAGGCGUCAAGGGCCACACUCAUCUUCCUGGGCGCCUCCUACCUGCUGGCUCCUGUGGGAGGCUGGCUGGCAGAUGUGUACCUGGGCCGCUUUCUCACCAUCUCGCUCAGCCUGGUACUCUACCUGGCUACCUCGGGCUUGUUGCUCGCCACCAUCACCGACGAUGGCCGCAAAUCCUUCUGUGGAGAGAUACCCUUGUUUCCGCUGGAACCGGCCUGCCCAUCCGCAGACUGCCCAAGCUCCUGGUCCAGCCCCUACUGCGCAACUACCCUCUACUUGGUGCUGCUGCUCCUGGCACUGGCUGCCAGCUCCGUGAGGAGCAACCUCACUUCAUUCGGAGCUGACCAGGUGAUGGACCUUGGACGGGAUGCCACCCGCCGCUUCUUCAACUGGUUCUAUUGGAGUAUCAACUUGGGUGCCGUUCUGUCCCUGCUGGUGGUGGCCUUCAUUGAACAGAACGUCAGCUUCCUGUGGGGCUACAGCAUCAUCGUAGGCCUUGUGGGCCUGGCAUUCUUCCUUUUCCUCUUUGCCACCCCCGUCUUCAUCACCAAGCCCCCAACAGGCAGCCAAGUGUCAUCUAUGCUGAAGCUUGCAUUCCAAAACUGCUGUCCCCAGCAUUCUUCCAGGGACACUGAAGGUGCCCACCUGCUGCCUGACCAGAGGUCUCUCCAGUGGGGUCCUUCUCCACAGGAAGACAUGGCCAACUUCCAGGUGCUGGUGAAGCUCCUGCCUGUGAUGGUGACCCUUGUGCCUUACUGGAUGGUAUAUUUCCAGAUGCAGUCCACCUACGUCCUGCAAGGUCUCCACCUCCAAAUCCCCAACAUCUUCCAGACCAACCCUACCGAUAGCUCUUCGUCUCUGAGCUCAGAAAAGAGUUACUACAGGAUCCCAGAAGCCUGGCUCCUGCUGGCCAAUGUUGUGGUGAUACUGGUUCUGGUCCCUGUCAAGGACCACUUGAUUGAUCCUCUACUGCUUCGGUGCAAGCUGCUGCUGCCCUCAGCUCUGCAGAUGAUGGCUCUGGGCAUGUUCUUUGGGUUCACCUCCAUCAUUGCAGCAGGAGUCUUGGAGAAAGAGCGCUUGAAGUACAUUGCUGCCAACCACACAGUGCCUCAACUGAUUGGGCAGGACUUGUACUAUGCGGCACCACUGUCUAUCUGGUGGCAAAUCCCCCAGUACCUGCUCAUCGGGAUCAGUGAGAUUUUUGCCAGCAUUACAGGUCUGGAGUUCGCCUACUCAGAAGCUCCACGCUCCAUGCAAGGUGCAAUCAUGGGUAUCUUCUUCUGCCUUUCUGGGGUAGGCUCACUGCUGGGCUCUGGCCUGGUGGCCCUACUGUCCUUGCCUGGGGGCUGGAUGUACUGCCCCAAGGACUUCGGGAACAUCAACAACUGCCAGAUGGACCUUUACUUCUUCCUGCUAGCCGGCAUUCAGGCUGUCACAGUUGUCCUGUUUCUCUGGAUUGCUGGUCGCUAUGAGAGGACUCGUCAGGACCCAGCCUCCCAGAGCUCAUCCAGCAGGGUCAGGGGCUGACUUAGUCUCCAAGCACACGGAUAGACAGUGUCACAUCAGAACUGGCUGUACCCAUUCUCAUUUAUUCUGUACCCAACAUUAGAAUGAAGUGGUUCCCAUAAAUAAGGGGCAUGCGCCCUCCCUCUUGA